AUGUUUACCCCAUCUUGGUGGCCACUGUUCCCCGUUCUACUCGAGCUUUUCCCUCGGGCGCUAGCUGUGCCAACGAGGACCGCAGCGUUAUGCCCCAGUGCACCCGCGCCAUCGUUUCCUUUGGUGGCAGCUCCAGGAUGGACAGCUGGGACCGUCCUUGGAGGACUCGUCGCACCGAGGGGCAUCAAGCUUGAUACCCUUGGCAAUUUGCUCAUUCUACAGCGUGGUGUCGGCGUCACCGCCCAUACGUUGACCCUAGACGGCUGCGUCUCGAGCUCGAAAACGGUCAUUGCGGAUACCACCCUUAACCACGCCAUCGAACUCAACUUGCUUGGAACUAAGCUUUUCGCAAGCUCGCCAACCACUGUCUUUUCUUGGGAUUAUAACCCAAUUACACAAGCGGCUACGAACAAACAGACGCUCAUCAUUGGCACCAACGAAGUCAACAAUAUCACACGCACCCUCCUUGUUCCGAGGUUGCCCCUCAAUCGACUCGUCGUGAGCGUUGGCCCGAACGCGAACAUAGAUCUGGACUCCUUCGAACCCGACGACGGCCACGCGCAAGUCAGGGUAUUCGAUUUAGGUGCCAUCGGGCCGAAUGGAGUCCAGUAUACUUCAGGCCAAGUGUUGGGAUUCGGCCUAAGGAACGAUGUCGGCCUCGCGGAGGAUCGGGCAGGAAUCGUCCACAGCGUUGAGAACUCCAUCGACGACGCCUUCCGCAUGGUCGACGGUCAGCGUCAAAACAUUCGCGAGAAUAAUCCAGCGGACAAAAUCUACAACUUGGGCAGCCCUUCCUUGCCGAGCAAUCUGUUUGGCGGGUAUCCGUUCUGCUUUAACGUCUGGGAUACAACCGAUUUCACAGGUGAAAACUUGCAACGGAGUGAUUGGUUUGUACUUGAAGACAACGGAACCAUGACGAAUGCUUGGUGCAAUCAAAACGCCCGUAAACCCACCGUCCUUCUCCCACCACACUCAGCACCCUUGGACAUGGAAUUUGGUAUUGGAACCGACACAAAUUUGUAUGUAGGUAUGCACGGAAGUUUCGACAGGACACCAGGCGCGGGGUACAAAGUCGUCGCUGUGCCCGGAAGCUUCUCCAUAACAGGCGAAUGGUCACCCAAUCUCGAGCUUGUCGAAACAGUGGAGACUAGCUUUACGGAUAUACUGAAGAACGACGACGACUUGGAGUGUAACGCAGCGACCUCCGUCUCGCCUGCAGGCUGCUUCCGUCCGGUCGGACUGGAGUUUACGCUUACCGGCCAGCGCCUCUAUAUCUCGAGCGACACGACUGGUGAAAUAUUCUUGUUACAGAAAAAUUAA